CAAAAAAAAAAAAAGAUAAACACAAACAAGAACAGUGAAGAGACGCACCAUAAUUUGGAUUAAACAACAAAAUCCAACAACAGAAAUCAAAAUUCUUUGCAGAAAAUUUAUCGAAACAAAUAAAUAUGAGAAACCCAGAAGAUGCUUUUAUCUUUGCUUUUCUUACCUUGUAUUCAAAGACCCCCCUUUUUCUCUCUCCUCUAUUUUCUCUCUUCAUGUAAAAUUCCAGAUGUGAAUGAACGGAGAAAUCGAAGAACUAUAAAACCCAGAAAACUGACAAAAGUUUAGUGAAGAAGAAAAUUCAUAUACAAAAGAGAUAGAUUGGAUUUUGGAGUUGUUCAAACAUUAUGGAAGAAACUAAUGAAUUACAAGGUGAAGAAAAUAAAGCACUCCCAGAGAAGAACAAAAGAAGGCGGUUCAAGACACCAUCCCAACUGCAGGCUUUGGAGGACUUUUAUAAUGAACACAAGUACCCAACUGAAUCCAUGAAGGCGGAGCUCGCUGAUCAUUUAGGUCUGACUGAGAAGCAGAUUUCUGGAUGGUUUUGCCACCGCAGAUUGAAGGAUAAGAGAAUCGUAAAUGGUGAGUUAAACCCACCUGGUAGACAGGAUCUUUCAAGUGGUGUUAUACAAGAUCGUGGUAGUGGACUAAGGCAGGAUUCGUGCAGUAGCACCAAACAAGGUGAUUAUAGGCUUGCUGAUGUGAGGGAGGUUGAGAGUCGGAGAUUUGGUCAUAACGAUCUUCCUGCUGCUGAGAUAAAAUACGAGCGAAGGAUGCUUGAUGAUGGAACUGAGAUGGAUGAUACAUCUUCAGAAAGUAAUUCAGCUUUGCCAGGGAGCUUUUACCCUCAUAAUAGGAGUCCUUUGAAUGUCGAAACAACUGAAUAUCGGGCACCAAAUGGAUUAAUUGCUCCAAACAAGAGGCGUGUGGGGCCCUCAGGAUACUUGAAAAUUAAGGGUCAAACAGAAAAUGCUGCUGUAACUGCAGUCAAGAGACAAUUAGGAAGGCAUUAUCGGGAGGAUGGUCCAUCACUUGGGAUUGAGUUUGAUCCACUUCCUCCAGGUGCUUUUGAAUCACCAAGCAAGAUUGCUAAUACUGAUGCUUAUGGAGUUGCAGAACCCAUUGGCUCUUGCUCUCUUGACAUUGGUGUCAUUAAUAAGCGACCUGGCCUUAAUGCAAUACGAAAUCAGGACAAGUAUGUUGCUCCUACAGACUACAGAUCCUUGCACAAGUCUGACCCUGACAGUUUUGCUUACCGCCAACCUAAACAAAAAUCACCUUUCCCUAAUAACGGUCGUGCUUUCCCAGUCCAGAAGUCUUCUUUUUGUGCGGAUUCUUACCCUGCUAGAGAAAAUCCAGAUUAUGAUGGUAGUGUGAACCACAAUAUCCAGCGCAAGCAUGAAACCCCAGGCACGGGAUCAGAUUCCUACGGCAGAAAAUUUACCAAUGAACCGGAAGAGCCUUGGUGGCAUAAUUCUGAUAAGGGGAAUUCCGUGGCUGUUCGCAGAAGAGAACGAAUCGAUUCCAGAUCUGCUGCUGUACCAGUUAGGCACAAGGACCCCAUGGUCAAAGAGGAUAGAGUACCACCUAGCAGGAUGAAGAAGGAUGAAGAACUUUAUGCAGACAGAAGGUCGAUAGGUGAACCCCAUGAUUCAAUCAAAUUGAAGAUGCGUCCGACAAAUGAGCUUAGAGCUGGCAAGAUGGCAAGAGAGGAUUUUUGGCAGGAAGAUUUUAGCAUCAGAUCUCAAGAGCCGCCACAGUGGUCAAGACAGAUAAAAGGAUCAACAGAAUUGCCAUCGAGUUUUAGUGAGGACGAAACUGCAGAAACAAGCUCCUCCAUGGACUGAAGAUCUUUAAUGUCAAACAUGGUAGAAUUCUGGCAAAGGCCUCGUAUUUCAGAUCCGGAUGAAAGAGGUCGCAACCGCAGGAAGUACAUUGAUGGGUUGUACAUUUGGCUAUUAUGGAAAGUCGAUAUCAGUUUUGCGUCUGCGUCAAAGUUCAUUGCAUGUCACUCUCUCUCUCACCCUGUAGCGGCUUUUAGAGCAGAUUAGUUCUUUUAUCGGCAAGUUUGAUUGAUCAGUUUUGUCGUUGGGGAUCGUUCACUCAAAUCACCCCGGGCCUUGUCUAUAGUUGUAUAAAUCAUUGAAAUGUGAUUGUUUAGAAACUAAUGUGGCUAUGCACCAAUGCACCUACAAGUUUAAAUCUUGUACAUGCCGUUUUGUUGUCUGUGUGGAUGAAUUUGUUCUGUUUUUUGGUAGAUGCGUUUGGCGACGAAUGUUAGGCAUGCUGUUUUGCCUGUGGCUUAGAUUAUAAACGCUUUUUGGCCAAUGAUAAAAUUCUAUCACACAAAAUAGUUAUCAUUUUUCUUUA